GCGCCACCGGCCACGCCGCAGGCCCGCAGCGCCGCGCAAACCCCCGUGCCUGCCCAAAAGGGAACCUCGCCGCGGCCGCCGACCGAUGGACGCCGCCGCCGCCGCCUCAUGGCGCCUCCUUGCCCCGACCUCCUCGUCGCCGCCCCGCUUCCUGCAGGUGCCCAAACGGAAGGCGACCUUCGCGGCAUCGCCACGGCACUCGGCCAGGUCCAGGCUCCCCUGCCUCCUCCACGACAAGCCUGCGCCGCCGGCCCCGGAGAACACCCAGCUGCAGAGGCUGGCGGCGGCGUUGCAGUGGGCCGCCGUCUGGGCAGCCGUUGAGGCGCCGGCGGCGCUGGCGGUGACCGGGGAGGAGGACAUCGACCUCCUGGGGAUCCUGCCGCCGAUCGCCGCGUUCGCCUUCUUCUACUUCCUCGUCUGUCCUCCGCUGAUCAUGAACUGGAUGAGGACGAGGUGGUACAAGCGCAAGUUCGUGGAGACGUACCUGCAGUUCAUGUUCACCUACCUCUUCUACCCCGCGAUGAUGUUCUGGGCGCCGUUCGUCAACUACAGGAAGUUCCCGAGGGACCCAACCAUGAAGUACCCUUGGUCCAAGCCAAAGGAGGGGACGCCGUUGUUCAAGGACAGAUACCCGCCUAUAGACUCGUAGAGACAAUACUUGUACUCGUAUAGGCUCUUCAUGGGCCUGCAGCAAAACAUUUCUUUAUCUGAACCAUCUGUGAAAAAAAAAACAAUAUCACAAUCCAGCACUAGUAUAUAUGGGAAGAAAGGGACUCUGGAGACUCGACUCUCGAGUCAUUGCAGUUGCAUGUAAAGGGGAAGGACCGUGCGUUUUUUUUU